UCAACCCUGAUGGCUAUUUGAAAAAACUAACAAAAGAUUAAAGGGUAACUUCUAAUUUUAUAUUCUUAAUCCUUUCAAACAGAAGCUAUUCUACGAAAUGAUGAGGAGCUGAGGAUUGUGAUGGUGGGGAAGACUGGGAUCGGGAAGAGUGCCACAGGAAACACCAUUCUUGGGCGUAGAUACUUUGAAUCAAAGUUCAGCGCCACAUCUAUGACUGAUAAGUGCUCUAAGGCCAAGGCUGAAGUGGAUGGCCAAAAGGUUGUUGUUAUUGACACCCCAGGUCUCUUUGACACCAGGUGGGCCCAGGAUAAAACAAAUGAAGACAUAAAGCAGUGCAUCCGCUAUUCUUCACCUGGACCCCAUGUCUUCCUGGUUGUCGUUAAGCUGGGCAGAUUCACAGAAGAAGAAAAGCAGUCAGUGCAGAAGAUCCAAGAAAUAUUUGGUCAGGAUGCAGACAAAUAUAGCAUGGUUCUCUUUACUUAUGGCGACCUUCUUAAAGACACCACUCUAGAGGAGUUUAUGAAGGACAGCCUAGACCUGCAGGGACUUGUGUCCAGGUGCAAUGGUGAGUACUAUGUUUUUAAUAAUGGUCUGGAGAAUCGCUCGCAGGUCACCGAGCUGCUUAAGAAGAUCAGAUCCAUAGUCCAGAAGAACGGAGGAAGUCACUACACCAAUGAAAUGUUCCAAAAGGCAGAAAGGGCAAUCGAAGAGGAGAAACAACGCAUCCUGAGAGAGAAAGAGGAACAAAUGCGCAAAGAGAUGAAAGAACUGGAGAAGAAAAUACAAGCAGAAUAUGAAGAAAAGAUCAAAACAUUCCAGGGUGAAAUUGAGAAAGAGGUAAGAGAGAGAGAAAGGGUAGAACAUGAUGUAAAUUAUUUGAAGAGGGAAAGUGAGAUGGAAAUCAAAGAGUUAGAGAGGAAAGAAAACUUCCUUGCAUUAAACAGUACGAUGCAGAAAAUACAUAUAGAUUUAGAGGAGAGGAGGGAGUGGGAGACAAGAACGAUGGAGGAAUGGAAGGAGAUGGAAAAGAGAAAAGAAGAGAUGGAAAGGCAAUGGGAGAUGAUUAAACAAUUAAAGGCAGAGCAAGAAAGAGUUCUGAAAGGCCAAAGAAAACAGUUGGAGGAAAUGUAUAACAGAAUGGCCAGAGAGAAAGCAGAAAAGAAAACCAAGUGUCCGAUUUUAUAACAAGGUUGCGAGUGUAAACUGCAAAUUCUGUUCUGGACCGUGGUUGAUCCAGACUAGCAUUCCCCUGAAUGUCAAAUAUUAUCCAUUGAUGUGUAUAUCUGUUGAUGUAAACUGUAAGAAAGAAAUCAGUAGAAAAACGGGUAAUGUCCUUCCAGAAAAUUACCAGUUCAUUUUCCUUUAAGUUUCCAGAUGUUUCUGCGAAUCCUAAUACGGAAGAUUCUGUAUAUUGAC